CACUUGAAAAUAUGGCAAUGGUGAUGAAAAGCUCCGAUGAUGAAAGAGAAGAAACACAGCCAAUAAUGAGCCACUUCAGCCACCGGCACCCUCUCGAGGCGUCGGAGCUCCACGUGGACGACCACGGCGUCUGCUCCGGCUGUGAGCACGACGUCGUGGGCCCCGCCUACGUGUGCACCAAGGCCACCUGCCACUUCCUCCUCCACGGCCUCUGCUCCGACCUCCCCCGCCGCCUCCGCCACCGCUGCCACCCCGCCCACCCCCUCUCCCUCCUCCCCUCGCCGCCGUACGCCGACGGGGAGUUCACCUGCGACGCGUGCGGGCGGUCGGGGCACGGGUUCACCUACCACUGCGGCGCGUGUGAGUUCGACAUCCACGUGGAGUGUGCGUCGCUGCCUGAGGUGGAGGACAGGAGAGAUGUACAUCAGCAUGCUUUGAUCCUGACCGCUGAUUUGCCGGACGGUCGGGAUAUGGUGUGCUGCGUUUGUGAUGAUCUUGUGGGGAAGGGUUUAUGGAUGUAUUGCUGUUUGGCUUGUAACUGUGCUUUACAUUUGACUUGUGCAUAAAACAUGGUGGAGGGGGAAUUUUUUUU